GAGGAGGCAAGCUCGGACUCGGACGAGUUAACCGAGCUGAAACGGCGCGAGAUGGGAAAUUGGUUUGUGGUGCUUCAACCAUUUUCUGCGACUUGUAGUCACUGAGGCUGUUUUAUAGUCACCGUCCAAAUCUUCAAGCGAAAAUCUAUCUUUCCUCAUAUCUCUAAUUUUCUAUAUUUUUAUCCUUCGCCCGCCACACCCCUCUCCUUCAGGUGGGAUCCCCAUAAUACUUGCACUCUUUUUUCUUUCCUUCAACGGUUGCGAACCCAUCUAAGAGAUUUCUGGAUUUUCGUUCUUCUUUCAUUUUCUUUUUUACAACCAACAAAAAUUGCUUGGAGGUUUAGGGUUUUGAUCCUCCCGCCCGCCUCUCUCGAUUAAUUUAUCGGAUUUUCUAUUCCCACCAUGUCUAAGAGGGUUCUUUGCAAAUUCUUUGCCCACGGAGCAUGUUUGAAGGGGGCGCAUUGUGAAUUUUCUCAUGAGUGGAAAGAUCCUCCAAAUAAUAUAUGUACAUAUUAUCAGAAAGGAGUCUGUGCCUAUGGUAGUCGCUGCAGAUACGACCAUGUCAAAGCUUCUCAUGAACAGUCCUAUCAUCCAUCUUCUUCUGCAAGUGUAUGCCCCCUAAAUUCAGAUUCUUCUAUAGUUGGUAGUGCUAGAGUCACGUCAAAUGGAGCUGCAACAAUUCCUGAGUUGUCUUCCCGCAGUGGACCUUCCUUUCCUAUUAUUCCUGCAUGGAAUGGAGAAUCUGAGUCACAUGUUCCUGAUCUUUUUCAUGCUUGGAAUACAGAAUCUGAGUUUCAAGAUUUUUCAGAGGAUAGUGACGCCAGUGAAUCCAGAAUUGCAGAUCCUUCUGAACGUCCUAUCUGUUCAUUUGCUGCUGCUGGUAAUUGCCCCAGGAAGGAGAAAUGCCCUUUUAUUCACGGAGACCUGUGUCCUACCUGUGGAAAGCACUGCUUACAUCCAUUUCGACCUGAAGAAAGAGAGGAACAUAUUAAGACUUGCGAUAAAAAGCAAAAGCAUCUUGAGGCAUUGAAACAAAGUCAAGAAAUUGAAUGCAGUGUUUGCCUUGAGCGUGUUCUUUCAAAGCCCACAGCAGCUGAACGUAAGUUUGGGCUACUAUCUGAAUGUGAUCAUCCCUUCUGCAUAUCUUGUAUUAGGAAUUGGCGUAGUAGUAACCCAACCUUGGGUAUGGAUGUGAAUACCACAUUGAGAGCCUGUCCAAUCUGUCGCAAGCUCUCUUAUUUUGUCAUUCCAAGUGUUAUUUGGUACUCUACAACAGAAGAAAAACAGGAAAUCGUUGACAGCUACAAGGAAAAGCUCAAGUCAAUUGAUUGCAAGCAUUUUGACUUUGGGAAUGGAACCUGCCCUUUUGGUACUAGCUGUUUCUACAAGCAUGCUUACCGAGAUGGCAGACUUGAGCAGGCAGUUCUGAGGCAUCUUGGGGCUGCAGAUGGCAACACUGUGAUCGCUAAGGACAUCAGGCUAUCAGAUUUCCUUGCUAAUAUGCAUCUAAGAUGAAGGGUGAUGCUCAUAUUUUCUGAUGAUACUUGUAUGAGGAAAAACGGAUAAGCUUCAAUGUGACAGUUCCUUUUUAUUCAAGUAGAGCUCUUCUUGUUUUCAUGUUUCACUUGGAUGCAAGACAGUCUCUGAGUAACAAUAUACUGUGAUCAUUUACCAAAUCCCGGUAUGGUAAGGAUCAUUUUUUUCUUUCUACAAGAUUUUGCUGAAGCUAUCUACACGAUUGCUAUGUGGACAACUUUGAACAUGCACCUAAUUCUCAGAUGGAAAUAUGACAUGUGGACACCUGUGACAAUUUAACUCUAGCUUACUAAUUGUUUAGCAAAUUCUCCUCAUGUAAAGAGGACAUUCCAGUUUGUUGGAUGUUUAGGACUGAAAUUACUUUCAGCCGUGCAAAAAAUAACAGAGAUUUCUGACUUGAAUGUUGUAUUGUGAAUUUCCAGAAGCAUCAGUGAAAGGGCAACACCAGUGCAUUGUGUGGGCAGCGUAAUAAAGUGCACCAUAUAUUGUGUGAUUAUGAACAGAAGGACGUGGAAUGCCGACUGUAAUCUCAAUAAGCUCUCAAAAGAGCGCAUCAUACAGAAUUGGAAGUGUGUGUUUUUGGUGAUGGUGGUGUUAUAAACUUGACGUGUCCACAUUCUUUGUUCAACCCAUCAGUGAGUGUGGCUUGGAAAAUAAGCACUGUGUGGCUCAUUUAUUGAUUGGGUUUGGAAGUGCUAUAUAUGCAAUAACUAAUGAUUUUGGGUGAUGAAUGAUGUUCUGCAGUUAUUAGCAUCCUUCAGUUACUUAUUCUUAAAAAAUUCGUAUGCUCAUUUAUACUCUAUAACAAUAGAUUGCUUUUGUUGCUGUUUGAUUCUGCAACAUUACAUUAUA